GCGCGCGUCACAGGCCAGCAUUGGUGUGAGGUCAUUGCUCAGUUUCGCUUGGCGGCGACAGCUCAAGCUCGCCAGCAAGCUCCAACUAUCGCCCGCCGCGCUCUUGCUUUCCUCGUCACAUCCGCUGCUCUCCGCUGGCGACACGUUUCUCUCUGCUACUGCGCAGCUCGACGACCGGUCUGCUCGUUUUCUUCUUUUUGCUUGCUGUGAUACCCCCCGCUCUGCACCUGCACCUGCACCUGCACCAGAGCCCUCAACACUUUCCUCUCCCCCCCAACACAGAACACACCUGCCGUCAUGGCUGGACAAAACCUCAAGAAGCUGGCGCCCCAGGCGACGGCGACGCGCAGCGGGCCCUACACAUGCGAGGCGCCUGGUGUCGAGAAGCCCGAGGGCGAGACGAUACCGCGCCGCAACCUCGUGUCCAAGGACGGCCUCAGGAACACGCCCCAGGAGGGCGUCAACACACUGUACGAUGUCCUGCGCUACUCGGCCGCCAAGUUUGGCAACGCAAAGGCCGUCGGUGCGCGCAAGGUCGUCAACAUCCACGAGGAGACGAAGAAGGUCAAGAAGAUGAUCGACGGCCAGGAGCAGGAGGUGGACAAGAAGUGGCAGUACUUCGAGCUCAGCGCCUACAGCUACAAGAGCUUCGUUGAGUUCGAGAAGAUGGCCCUGACGGUGGGAUCUGCUCUCGCCCACCUUGGCUACAAACCCCACGACCGCCUGCACCUGUUCGCCGCCACGAGCAUGCAGUGGCUGGCAUCCGCCCACGGCGCCGUCUCCCAGUCGCUUGCCAUUGUCACCGCUUACGACACGCUCGGCGAAGAGGGCCUCACGCACAGCAUGCAGCAGACGCACGCGAAGAUCAUGUUCACCGAUCCUGAGCUGCUGCCCAAGCUCGUAAACCCCUUCAAGAAGACCAAGGAGGUCAGCGUUGUCGUCUACAGCACCAAGAACAAUGCUAAGCAGAAGGACAUUGAUGCCCUUACCAGCGCGCAUCCCCACUUGAAGGUCCUCAGCUUCGACCAGCUGCUGAGUCUCGGCAACGACAACCCUGCCCAGCCUAUCCCUCCCCAGGCCGACGACCUUGCCUGUAUCAUGUACACUUCUGGAUCCACUGGCACUCCCAAGGGUGUCAUGAUCAAGCACCGCAAUGUCGUUGCUGCUGUUGCUGGUGUCGAUGCUAUCGUUGGCAAGUACCUUGGCCCUGGUGACGUCCUCAUCGCAUACCUCCCCGCGGCGCACAUCCUCGAGUUCGUGUUCGAGAACGCGGUCCUGUACUGGGGUGGAACCAUGGGUUACGGCACCAUCCGCACACUUUCCGACACCUCUGUGCGCAACUGCGCCGGUGACAUCCGCGAGCUGAAGCCCACCGUCAUGGUCGGCGUGCCCCAGGUCUGGGAAACAGUCAAGAAGGGCAUCAUCAGCAAAGUCGAAGCCGGUGGCGCCGUCAAGAGCAGGAUGUUCUGGGGCGCCUACGCCGCAAAGGGCUUCCUGCUCAGCUCGGGCCUGCCCGGCUCCGGCAUCCUCGACGCAAUCGUGUUCAACAAGGUCAAGGAGGCCACGGGCGGCAGACUGCGCAUCUGCAUGAACGGCGGCGGCCCCAUCGCAAAGGAAACCCAGCGCUUCAUCUCCCUCGCAAUCACCCCCAUGAUCUCCGGCUACGGUCUCACCGAAACAUGCGGCAUGGGUGCGCUCAUGGACCCGCUCGCCUGGACCGACUCGGCGCUCGGCGAAAUGCCCGCGUCCGUCGAAAUGAAGCUCGUCGACUUCGCGGACGCAGGAUACUACUCCACCAACAAGCCCCCGCAGGGCGAGAUCUGGAUCCGCGGCGGCAGCGUCGUGUCGGGAUACCUCAACAUGCCGGAAGAAACCGCCGAGUCCUUCACCGACGAUGGCUGGUUCAAGACAGGCGACAUUGGCGAGUUCGACGCCCAGGGCCAGAUCCGCAUCAUUGACCGCAAGAAGAACCUCGUCAAGACGCUGGCCGGCGAAUAUAUUGCGCUCGAGAAGCUCGAGUCCGUGUACCGCAGCGCCUCGAUCGUGCAGAACAUCUGCGUCUACGCGGCCGAAGACCGCCAGAAACCCAUCGCCAUCAUCGUCCCCGCUGAGCCCGCGCUCAAGAAACUGGCCGCUGAGACGGGCGCCACGGGCGAGCAUCUUGAGGAGCUCGUGCACGACGAGAAGAUCAACAACGCUGUGCUGAAGCAGCUGCAGUCUGUAGGGCAGAAGGGCGGACUUGCUGGGUUUGAGGUGAUCGAGGGCGUUGUGCUGGCUGAUGAGGAGUGGACACCGCAGAACGGCCUUACUACCGCUGCGCAGAAGCUGAACCGCAAGGGCAUCUUGAAGCAGUACGAGAAGGAGGUCGAUCGGGCGUACGGCCGCUCGUAGAUACCCACACAUAGAUCUACCCACUCCCUCCACUCCACACACCUCUGCAACAACGAACAUCUGGGGACAAAAUACGAUACGGUGGCUUGGUGCAACUUGACGAUAAUGAUGCUUUCAGUGCGAUGUACUUGACGGUUGCGUGUAUUCUAUAUCAUAGCUAGUUUUGCGAUUCUUGGGGGUAUAUGUAGUGAACUUGUUCUCUCUUACUUGUGCAUGUUCUCUCGCACGUCAAUCGCUUUUUCUAAACGACUUCUUUUAGC